AUGCCGGCGGAUCCGCAGGGAAGCAGCUCGCAGUGGACUUGGGCUGAAAGCCACGGAACUUCUGCUCCUUGGAAACCCCUAGGAGAGUCCGAGACGAAGCUUCUAGACCAUGCUUACCGCGAGUCUUGGGGCCGCCUCGAGCUCGACAUAGAGGGAAAGCCGUACGUCAUAGAUCCUUUUUUUCUGGAUGCAGAGGCGCAUUUUGCGGCGCCGCUGCACAGCGACGCAGAGCCCGGAAUAUUCAUAGCGCGGGCCUUUGGCUCUGCUGCUCAGCAGCUCUUUGCCGCUCCGCAUGCCCAGGAGCCCAGCAGCAGCAGCAGCAGCAGCAGCUGUUCCGCUGCGGCCGCGGAGAGCCGCUGCCCACAAACUGCUGCAGCGUCGCAGCCCGCAGUGCGCCGGCGCUCCUCCUUCUGCUGGAACGCAGCAAGCUGCUGCAGCUCAGCAGAUCGGCAGCAGCGGCUCCGAAGCCAACCCCACGAAACUACAGAUGCUGAGGGCUUCCAGCUCGUGCUUCCCAGGCGCCACAGAGGCCGCCGAGAAAGCCAUGGGGCCUCCACUGCGGACUGUGGGGCCCCGCGGGACUCCGUCGCUCGUUGGCGGGCCUUUCCCAAAGUUGAUCUUGCGGCCUGCGACGACUACCACCUGGUUCGGCAGGUGCUGAUUGACGGAGUGGACACGGCGCUGCAGCACGGGGGCCGACGGCGGCUUUCUCCUGCGGGCAUUGGCAUAGCAGUGGCGCACUUUGCGGAGCUUUCUUUUCCCGUCAGGGUCGUGGUCCCCCACUGGCUCGCACUUUGCCACAGAGAGCACUCUGACCUCUUCACCGAGUCCCCCGAAAGCCUUCUGGAGGCUCCUGAAAAGGAACAAGUUGUCCUUUUUGAGGGCCUGAAGAAGACAAAUGUCUCUCAAGCUUAUUUCAAAAUCGGAAUUUUUCUUCUUCAGGCCCUCAAAAAGGACGACUUGCUGAUAGUUCUGCCUGACACUGGCAAGGCCAGCUGGUACCCCAGCAGGUCUCGGCUGAAGAAUGCCUUGGAUGCCGAAUACACCGUCGAGCUGUGCAAGACAUUCAAUGCCGUCUACUGCUCGAACGAUUUCAACCAGUUUCUGCACCUUCUGGAUGGCUCUGCUUCUGGCUACAACGACUACCUGUACAUGGCGGCUCGUUCCUGCCUGUUUGCGUUUGACGGCGACGACUUUUACCACAUUUUGGACUCUCUCGGGCGAGGCAAGUUCGUCGACACGCUCUUCCUCCGCAAUAAAACGAAUUGA